CCGACGUCCGUCUGACAGUCGGUCUAGUCUCUCGUCGUUACCGGCCAGAUCAUCAUGUCUUCAGAUCCGUGCUCCUUCUCCUCCUUCACCAGGUGCGUCACCAAACACCUGAACCUGUCCCUCCACGUGGACUUCGACAGACACGUCAUCAGGGGAAAGGUGGAGCUCACGGUGGAGGCUCUGGAGGACCGCUUCUCUGUUCUGACCUUGGACACCAGAGACCUGAAGAUCGUAUCAGUGUCGGCCAAUGGACAGGCGGCGCACUUCGGUCUGGGCCCCAAACACAGCUUCAAGGGGACACAACUGGACAUCACGCUGCCCUUUGACCUCUCCAGAGGGCAGCAUGUGAUUGUGGAGGUGACCUAUGAGACGUCUCCAUCUGCGUCGGCCCUGCAGUGGCUCACACCUCAACAGACCGCCGGGAAGAAGCAGCCUUAUCUAUUCAGCCAGUGUCAGGCUCAUCACUGCAGGAGUAUGGUCCCCUGUCAGGACAGUCCGUCUGUCAAACACACCUACUACGCUCAGGUGUCUGUACCUAAGGAUCUGGUGGCUGUAAUGAGUGCAGUGAGAGACGGACAGGAAGUCGAUCCUCAGGACAACAACUGCAUCAUCUACAGAUUCAGACAGCCGGUGCCCAUGCCUUCCUACCUGAUAGCCAUCGUGGUCGGAGCUCUGGAGAGCAGGGAGAUCGGUCCAAGGUCCAGAGUCUGGUCUGAGAAAGAGUUUGUGGAUAAAGCAGCGUUUGAGUUCUCUGAG